GAUAAUUAUAUCUAUUCUUUUUCUUUUUUGAACAUAAUUAUACCUACUUUUUUUGGUGAACCUGACAUCAACCUUACUGGACAUGAGCGCAAACCUCCUACUGUAUUUUUAUUUCAAAAAAAUAAUAUUACUAAAAUGACUUCCUGGAUUCUUAUCUGUGAGCGCUAUUGUUAUACAAUUAAUAGUUCCAC